ACUAAAAGAUAAUGUGUGCAAAACAUUAUCCCCAAAAGAGGUACAGAAACUAGAAAACCCGACGCCAUCGUCUUUUUCUCACUGUGAGAACCGAAGAUGUCAGUUUCAGCUGUGUUGGGGCCUCAAUUGGUGGCUGUGGGUGUGCCCGUGAAGAACCCAUCUGCGACGGCGUCGUUUGGGGUCCCAAAGACAUCCCCAUGGCGCGGCUCAGUUGGUGGAGGUACUGGGUUGAUGAUUGAGUGUUCGUCGAGGCCACAGAAGAAGGCCACUGCUCAUCACAGGAAGACUCGGCCUCGCAAAACGCAGCCAUGGGACGUGAAACGCAAGCCCACUGUGUACACUCCUCUGCCUCCUCUCCCUGCCGACUGGACAUUGGUCUCUUCUGCAGAUGAAGCUUCAUCUUCUUCCCCACAAGAGCCACCCACUACUGAGUAGAACUUGGUUCACCCAAUUUGGGUUAUUAUUUUAUGUUUUGUUUUGGUUUUGUUUUUGUAGCUUUGGACAUUUGAAGCUUUUGUGCAUGUUGGGUUCUGUUUGACCAAUUAUUAUCAUUUUGCUUCAUCCUGCUUCUUUAUCUAUCUGCCUAUGUAAUUUGGGUUGGGUUGGUUUCUGGGUUUGUGAAUUAAUUGAGGUUGGGUUUGGGUGGCAUUGCUUGCCCCAUUUU